AUGGCCAAGGCAGCUUUGGCGCACGCAUUGGCGGAUUGGUUAGUCCGAGCGGGCACUUAUGAUCAGCACAAGUAUGAGGAAAUGGUGUGGAACAAGACGAAGGAUGUAAUGCAGGAAUUUGUGCAAUACAUGGAAACUGCGGACAUAAUAUCGUAUGCAGCGAACUGUGAUAACAAAGGAUGGGACCACCCCAGUUACCCUACACACGGUCCGAAGUAUGUACCCUCCAAGGUGGGGGAUAAAAUUGUAUGCGUACUUAUGGUAGCGGCCUUAUUUUUCAUGAAUUGGGGGACUACUGCAGCACGAAUUAGAGAAAAGGAGGAUGACACCAGUGCAAGCAUCACGGAGCAUUUACGAUGUGCAAUAGUACAUAUGUUUAGCGCAGUAUUAAACGAAUCCGUGUGCAAAAGUACGUGGGGUACAUUUUAUGCAUGGAAAACAAUGGACAAUUUAGGGGAGGAAGGCGGAUGGGGGGAAGGUUUAAUACAGCAGAGCAAAUGUGGUAGAAACAUAUCUUUGGAUUUGAAAAUAAGGGAACUUAAGUUAAAUGAACAAGUCAAAACCUGGUUAGGGCAAAAUAGUACACUACAACAACGGAUUAAAGAAGUGAAGGGAACUAACACGUGUGAGACACCAUGGAAGGCGGAAUGGAAAAUAGCGGAUUUCUUGAAUAAAGAGGAGAUGCAGCAUAAGGAGCACUCAGAAAUUACUGCGAUAGUGGCAGGAUUGAAGGACCGAAUGAAGGAACUACUUACGGAAAUCAGAAAACAGGUAGACCAGGACGUACAAAAACGGCACCAGGCCACGACGGGGAAGUCCGAGAAUGAUGGCAAACACGGACAAGCCGCCACCAAACCGGCAACACCAUCACCACAGCAACCGACAG